UUGCAAGGCGAACAGUAGUGAAGUACGCGUUUCCAUUAAACGAACCUGCAGCGAGAACAAAGGGCGACUUAAAAGCGAAACAGAGUGAGAUAAAGGCCGGUGUAACGAAGAUUGAAUUGACAAAAGUGAACGCAAUCAAAAGAGAUGUCGGCGUUAAGUAUCUUGGUUAAUUGUAUCAUCUUGUGCGUUGCCUUUCGAGGCACAUUUUCUAUACCGAAAGAAAUUACUGCUCCAACGCAUAAGGUCAACAAAACGAAGCAUAUCCAUGAAACUUCCAUCCCUAGUCCUCACCAUCCAUUGAGUUUAAAUCGGGACAAAUAUCGCUCUCGCAAUAUGAUGGUGCACGGCACGGUGUGCAUGUGCAAUCUUCCCGUUCACGGGACGCCUCCUCGCGAUGAUUACAAGUACACGCCUGAAAUCGGUUCGCAUAAAUUUCACACCAGAGCACAGCCAUGGAACAAGGCGCGAGAAAUUUGCAACGAGGAAGGCGGUCAUUUGGCAAUUAUCAAUUCCUACGCAGAGCAACGGGUAUUAAUGGAUCUGUUUAAUCACUCCGGCCCGGUGAUCGGUAGCGGCUACGAGGACGAAGCUUUUCUGGGUAUACACGAUCUUUACGCGGAGGGCGAUUGGGUCACGAUAUUAGGCGACCCGCUCGCGAAAACAGGCUUCGACUUAUGGAGCGAUAAGUGGGGUGGACAGCCGGAUAACGAGGGUGGAGUGCAAAAUUGUGGAGCGUUAUUAAUGGAUGGAACUAUGGACGAUAUCAAAUGUGACGUACCAUUCGGCUUCUUCUGUGAAAUACCUGAGCUACAGCCUUUGAAAUCAAAAGAGAUGUCGCGGUUAAGUAUUUUGGUCAAUUGUAUCAUCUUGUGCGUUGCCUUUCGAGGCACAUUUUCUAUGCUGGAAAAACUUGCUGUUCUAAAGAUCAACGAAACCGAAAAUGUUCUGAUCGAUGAUACUUCCUGCCCUUGUCAUCGACAUUCAUUGAAAUCAUAUUGGAACGAAUUGCCCACUAGCAAUGCGGAUGUACUAGGCACGCAGUGCGUGUGCGAUCUUGGCGUGCGCACAAAGCAUCUUCACCCAGAUUACUGGUACUCGCAUGGAAUCGGUAUGCAUAAAUUGCACACCAGAGCAGAGACGUGGAACACGGCGCGAGUAAUAUGCAACGAGGAAGGCGGGCACUUGGCAGUAGUAAAUUCCGCCGAAGAGGCAUAUAUAAUGGCACAGCUGUUUAGAGUAUAUCGCCCGUUUAUUGGUGCCAACCGUAUUUACGAAGCCUUUGUGGGUAUGCACGAUAUUUAUAAGGAGGGCCAUUGGACCACGGUACUCGGCGACCCGCUGAAGGAAACUGGCUACACCAAGUGGAGCAAUUAUAUGCGUCCACAGCCGGACAACGGAGCUGGAGCUAAAGUGGAAAAUUGUGGAGGGAUAAUCUGGGAUGCAACUUUAGACGAUAUAAACUGCGACACACCAUUCGCGUUCUUCUGUGAAAUACCUGAGAUAACACCUUUGUAAUCAUUUAUUUAUUCAACCCUAAGCAAUGAUAAUUUUAAAGGAACGAUCGGUCCUUGGUGGACGAAGAUGUUUUGGUUUUUACCUGGAACGUUGAUGAUGCUUUCGCAAAGUUUUAUUGUAAUUUGAAGAAAAUAUCAAGAGAUAUUGGAAUCUCUAUGUUAAUGCAUACGAUCCUUUAAUGUUUCCUCUUGCAUCUCGUGCACGUAUGUGCAUUUUUACUUAUUAUUCCGAAGAUUGUAAAGAAAAGUUGAAAGAGAGUUUUUCUUUCGCGACACCAUGCAUGAUGCGUAAUGUUUACGAAUCGUUAUGCCUGAUUUUCUUUUCUUGGGUUUGAGCGUCGCUUUACUUCUCGUUUGACUUUAAAGUGGUAAAGACAUCCUUCUGAAUUAAACUUUUAAAAUAGA